AUGCCCAGAAUCGAUCCUGAAAUCGUGGAACAUCGGAUCCUCCUUUAUCCUAAUGCAAAACCCGUAAAACAGAAACUGAGGCGCAUGAAACCUGAUUGGGUGCUUAAGAUAAAUGAAGAAGUUACCAAACAGAUUGAUGCAGGAUUUCUACUAGUAACAGAAUACCCUCAAUGGGUCAUAAACAUUGUUCCUAUCCCCAAAAAGGAUGGUAGAAUUACGGUUUGCGUUGAUUUCAGGGACCUCAACAAAGCAAGUCCAAAAGAUGACUUCCCAUUGCCACAUAUUGAUGUGCUGGAUCGGGAGAAGACCACGUUUGUCACUGAAUGUGGGACUUUUUGCUAUCGGGUAAUGUCUUUCGGACUAAAGAACGCAGGAUUCACUUAUCAGCGGGCCACCACGACCUUGUUGCACGACAUGAUCCACAAGGAAGUGGAGGUUUACGUUGAUGACAUGAUCGUUAAGGCCAAGGAGCAGGAAGGGCAUUUACCUGCACUCAGGAAGUUCUUUGAAAGGAUAAAAAAAUAUAGGAUGCACCUUAACCCGGCCAAAUGCACGUUUAGGGUCACGGCUGAAAAAAUGCUCGGGUUCAUGAUUACCACUUGUGGUAUUGAAGUUGACCCCUCAAAAAUCAAGGCUAUUCUAGAAAUGGAGCUGCCAUGGUCUGUAAAGGAUGUGAGGAGUUUUCUCGGCAAUGUGCAGUUUAUCAGUCGGUUCAUUGCCAAACUAACUUCAACUUGUGAACCAAUCUUUUGCCUGCUCAAGAAAGGUGAGCCGUUCAAAUGGGACGACAAGUGUCAGAAGGCUUUCGAAGCAAUUCGGACUUAUCUGCAAAAUCCACUGGAAGAAGACGAUGGGGUUGAAAGAGCUGUGCACUAUCUGAGCAAGAAGAUGGUCGGAUGUGAAGAGCGUUAUACUCCAUUAGAGAAGACGAAGUCCAUAAAAGGGAGAGCUGUUGCUGACUUCUUAGCAGACUACCCAGUCGAAAGAGGUGAAGAUGCUGAGUUUAAGUUUCUUGACGAAGACGUAAUGACUCUAACUGAAGAUGUUUGGAAGUUGUAUUUCGAUGGGGCAGCUAAUCAGAAAGGGUUUGGAAUUGACGUGCUGUUAAUAGCACCCGACGGUUCUCACAUUCCACUCGCAUUUAAGCUAAACUUUGAGGUUACCAACAAUCAAGCAGAGUACGAGGCUUACAUUGUAGGUAUGGAAGCAACAAUUGAAAUUGGUAUAGAGAAAUUAGAGGUAGUAGGAGAUUCCAACCUGGUAACUUUUACUCAUGUGCCGAGACUCAAGAAUCAGUUUGCAGACGCCUUGGCCACAUUGGCAUCCAUGGUUGAAAUUCCCAUUGGUGUGAAGCUAAGGCCAAUUAUAAUCGAACAAAGGGAUACACUGGACAUUUGGAGGUUCGUGGAAAGAGGAGAAUACCACACUGAAGCAAGCAAGAAAGACAAGAUUGCCCUCCAGAGGAUGGCGGCUCAAUACAUCAUUUGCGGUGGAAUUCUAUAUCGGAGGUCGCAUUGCGGCAUGCACAAGUUAUGCAUCUAUGGUGCAGAAGCAAGAAGGGUAAUGGAAGAGAUUCAUGAAGGUGUGUGUGGCCCUCACAUGAACGGCAUGAUGCUUGCCAAGAAGAUCCUCAGGUAG